AUGACGCCGCUGGCCUACGCGACGGUGCAGGGCUGGCUCGCGCCGCCGGAGGGCGAUAUGUCCGCGCGCGUCACCCUCGUCGCGGUCUACAUCGACGCGCCGCGCGGUUCGGCCGCCGCCGCCGAGCGCGAGGCGGCGCUGGCGCAAGAGCGUCGCCACCUCCCCGCCGCCGUCUACACGCAGCUCUCGAUCUCGCUGCUGUACGCGCGCGGCGGCGGCAUGGCGGAGGGCGGCGCCGAGCCGGGCUCAGCCGAGGAGUACGAUUCGCUCUACCCGAUCAACGCGCUGCGCAACCUCGCCGCUGGCGAGGCGCGCACCGAGCUCGUCUUCCUCCUCGACGUCGAUUUCGUGCCCUCCGCAGGCUUGCUGCGCGAGCUGCAGCAGCAGCGGCCGGCGCUGCUCGACACGCUCGCCGCCUCGCGCACCGCGCUCGUCGUGCCGGCCUUCGAGGUCGACGCCGCCGCGCCGAUGCCGCGCGUGCAGUCGUCGCUCUCUGCGCUGCUGCGGCGCGGCGCCGCCUCCUCCUUCCACGAGGCUCACUUCCGCCACGGGCACGGCCCCACCGACGCGGCGCGCUGGGCGACCGCUUCGGCGCCGUACGAGGUCGCCUUCGAGGAGUACUACGAGCCGUACAUCAUCGCCUCGCGCGCGUGGCUGCCAAAUUACGACGAGCGCUUCCGCGGCUACGGCAUGAACAAGGGCGCGCCCCGUGAGGCGGCGGCCGAGUGUCUCACAGAGAACUCAAUGUAUGAUCUCACUUACAAGGUGUUGUAA